AUGGUCCGAAUUCUCCCAGCCAUCCUCAUCGGAGCCCAGCUCUUUUCCACUGCCAUAUCCCAUUCCAUUGUUGGCAUGCUUCCUCGUGAAGGCCAAUACCCCUACCCUAUUGUAGGAAGCGAUGACCCGGCGAACAGCGCGACACUUGGCACCUUUCUCAAUCACAUGGCCAUUAACACGAGAAACUUGACGGCCAGCAUCGAAUUUUACACCGAACUCCUCGGUUUUCGCAAAUUGUUCACCCUCCAGAUCACCAAGGCGUAUUCAAUUACCUACCUAGCCCAUGCGCAAGGCGGGAAGAACGGAACAGGUUACCAGACAGCACUGGAGAUGAACCGUGAGAAGAACAACGCACAAGGUCUUCUUGAGAUUUCCUACGCUGAUGUCCCAGUCAAGAACAUCGAGUCCGGAAGGCAGCAUCCCAACACGUUUGGACACAUCGGUAUCGUUGUACCUGACAUACAAGCCUUUCAAGAACGGUUGGACACGAUGCCUCAUAUCUCGGUGCUCAAGAGGUCGGGAGAGCCUUUUGUUGAACUUGAUCCGAGUCUUGUGGUUGGCCCUGCCGUUGGAUUAUUGCCUGAUAUUGUUGAGCAGCUUGACGAAGAGGAGAGGAAGGCGAUCGUUCAGAACUUUGGGCAGAGUGUGGAGUCUCUCAUCUUUGUCGCCGACCCUGACGGUAAUUUUAUUGAGGUUCAGCCCCAAGAAGGGGCUUCGCUGGUUGGGUGA